AUGUAUAACGGACAACAGUACAGCCAACCAAUGCCAGCAGCAGUACAGAAUCCAUAUCACCACCAGCAACAACAACAACAAGAUGAUGGUUCAUGUCGAAAUUGUGGUGGACAUGUUCCUGCACCUGCACCUGCACCUGCACCAAGCCACAACUGUGUUGGUGAUGGAAGAAAAUGCGUAUCUGGACAUUGUCCUUAUAAAUACCGUUCAGAUACGUCUCUCCACUGUUCUCAUGGACAAACCUGCUGUAUUUCUACAUUCUUUAGACAACAUUCGAGGGAUUGUGAAUUGCCUAUAUAUAUAAGGAAUAAGGACAGUCAACUCAUUUCUUUCUCAGACAGCUUGAACACUGUCACAGAUACAACACAUCAAAACGAAGACUUGAUGUUUGAACCAAUCCACACAAAUGAGAUAGAGCCAGGUAAUAAAUGUGAUGUCUUCAAAACACGUCUUAAUGUUACCGUCAAAGCGGAGAAAGUAAGAGAAUGGGAAGAACAAAAGAACUGUGAUAUAAAAAUAACGUGCGGUAAAUUUACAACCUAUGCGCAUAAUGAAGUUUUGUCAAAUGUUUCUGAUUACUUUAAAGCAAAUAAAAAAUUUAACAACCAUGAGAGCAAUAUUUGUCUUAAAGAAGGAAUUGUUUCCCCUGAUGCGUUAAUCGAUGUCAUAAACUUUGCAUAUACUGGAAUACUCGAAAUUGGUACUGAAAGACUGCAAGACAUCAUUGCAACAGCCUCAUAUCUCCAAGUCACACUUGUUUUGGACGCAUGUGAAAAAGGAUUGAUAAACAUCGUCGAUAACUCCAGUUUUAUGUUUCUUCUUCCCUUUGCAUUUCGUUUUGACCUUACCAAUUUGAUCAGUGCUAUAAUCCUGCGUUUAUCGGAAAAUUUUGAAACAUGUGUUGAUCAAAAUGCGUUGUGUAGUCUUUCUAAUGAUGACCUCAAGUUUCUAUUUAUGAACAAAAAUCUUUCCGUUUUUCGUAAAGGGAUUCCAGUCGACAAUCCUGAACUUCAUAUCAUCGAGGCUAUUGGUAAAACAUUAACAGCCAAUCAAGUCAAUGAUAGAUCAUUUGUGAAAGAUAUUCUCAGUGUUAUUCGGUUUUCAGAAAUACCAAUAAUAAAUCUGGGUGAUUUAUAUAAUAAUUAUCCUGCUUUUCAGACUAUGGAUGAAUCCGCUUUUUCAAAUUUGAAGAACAAUGUUCUUCCAAAAAGAAAUUUUUCAAAGGUUCUGAAACGUUUAGAAAAUUCAAAAGCUUAUGCAAAAAAUCCUCAUCACAAAAUACCAAAUCAAUUUAAGUUGGUGAGAUUUUUCGAGGAAAUUUCAGAUAUAAGUGAUCGACCUAGAAAAGUUGGAUUAUGGAUUACACGAUGGGAAGGAUUUACUGUAAUUGGAGGAAUAAGAAUGGAGUAUAAGAGUAAAACGAUUGUACUUCAUGGCAUCCGACCAAAAACUAACCACUCCAUAUUAUCAGAGCAUGAAUUCGAACUCGAUGAGGAUGAAGUCAUAACAAACAUCGAUCUUAGAACAGGGAUUCUUUUAGAUAGCAUAUCUUUUGAAACGAAUUAUGGUCGUACAUAUGGCCCGUAUGGUAGUGAUGCUGGUUAUCCCUCAUCUUCAUCUCCCUCGCAAAAAAGAGGUUAUUUUCAUUCUUUCCGAGGAAUUGUAGUAAAAGGGCGAUACGAUCACUAUAUUGCUAACAUUGAAUGUACAUGGGUUGUGUUUAAACCACACAGUACGGACUAUGGCAGACUUUUAACAGAAAGCUCAAAAUCUAAACAUUUGGGUCACCAUGUCAAGACCGAGUCGGUGAUUCAGAGAAGUUUAUCGGACGAAACUGAUAUAGAUUUUUCAUCAGCUAAUUCAGAUUAUUCCUGCUGGGUAGAAUUUCAAGAACAUACUUCACCUAACAAAUUUUAG